AUGAGUUUAUUUACACUAAGUCAGCAAGAUGUGCUGGAGAAGCCCAUUGGUACUGUUCAUUUAUCUGUUCAUGAUUUAGCCAACGACGAUGAUGCUAUUCACUUUUAUACUGGCCUAGAAGAUUAUCAAAAAUUUCAAUUUGUAUUUUUUACUCUUGGACAAGCUGUUUUUUCACUCAACUACUUUUAUGAAACAAAGCCUGAGUUGGAUGUUAUGAAUCAGUUUUUUUUAUCUUUGAUCAUUUUAAAGCAACACAAAACUGACUUUGAACUAAGCUUGUUAUUUAAAAUUUCGGAAAAACAAGUAGCUAACAUAUUUAUGACAUGGAUCAGAUUCAUGAAGUUACAGUGGUCAAAAAUUUCCCAAUGGCCUUCCAAAAAUUUGGUACGUUUUUUCACUCCAAUAGACUUUAACAAUAAAUUUCCCGGAACAAGAUGUAUAAUUGAUAGGAUAGAAAUACCUAUUGAGAAACCAAGUACACCUACAUCUCAGCAAAAUGAAAAUGAAACAACUGUAAAGUCUAUUGUUGCUGCUACUCCUGGUGGAUUGAUAUCUUACGUUUCAUCUACCUAUGCUGGCUCAACUAGUGAUCGACAAAUCAUCGAGGACUGUGGUCUCCUUUCAAAGUGUGAUCCAGGAGAUAGUAUUAUGGCCUGUAAAGACUUUGACGUACAGGAUAUUUUGGCUGAACAUAAAAUAAAGUUGAACGUUCCAAAAUUUUUCAAGGAAAAGACUAAAAUAUCCAGCCAUACUGUAUUGAGUGAUGAGAAAAUAUCAAGUGAACAAGUGCAUGUUGAAUGUAUCAUUGGGUUGAAAAUACUGUUAGUCCUGAGGCUUAAACCAGAGAAUAUAGAAACACAUCCCUUCAUUGUUUCUAUAUUCUCUGCUUAA